AUAAGUAUUAUGUGUGAGAAAAGAAGAAGCUAACUAGUUGCUGUGAAAAAAAAACUCAAAAACUCUCUUGUUGCAUUCUCACAUUGUAGGACACUGCUGCAGUGAUUUUGGCGAAGUGGGGUGUCAUUAUUCGAUCGAAAUAUAGUAAAUUGAGGAUUGGUUUUGAUUAUUGAGAUCAUUUGGUGAAUUGGGUCUCGUUUUUCUUGGUGAUUUUAGUGUAUUUUUUCCAUUAUUUUGUGCCAAAAAAAGAUAAAUUUAGUCUAAAGAUCCAGACUUUAUAAGAAGAUUUAACAGUUGGAUGUGGAUCAGAGAUGAGAGGUGAAGUUAAAGGGUUGAGAGGACAACAAUGACUAUAGCGUCAUUGGGUCUUCGUUCUUCAGGGAGUUAUGGAUCAUUGCAACAACAGCAAUUCCAGAACGGUGGCUCUCCUUUCCAGACGUCACCCCCUGUUCCACCACGAAAGCCCCCAAAAAUGUUCAAGGAGAAAGAAGGAUUGUUUCUUUGGAUCUGCAAAUUUGCACCUAGAAAGAAGAUUGGGAUGAUGUUAUUAUGUGUUGUGUCGGCCGCAGUGUUUUUGUGGGUCUUGUAUGUUGGCAAAGGUGAAGAUACACAGGAACUUAUCAUGUCCAUGAAUAGUGGGGUGUUUCCUCCAGAUACUGGACAGAUUAGGCAUAUCGAUUCGAUAGAGAAAAAUGAUGUUGGAAAAAUUGCAUCAAUUGAAUCUCCUCCACCUCCACCUCCACCUCUUGCAUAUUUUAAAGGAUAUACUCUUCCUCCUGGGAAUUCAUGUGAAGGCUUCACAUUGCCACCGCCCCCAGCAGAUAAGAAGAGAACUGGACCAAGACCAUGUCCAGUAUGCUAUCUUCCUGUCGAACAAGCUAUUGCAUUAAUGCCAGAUGCACCUUCCUUUUCUCCCGGAGUUAGCAGUUUAACUUACAUCCAUGAGGAAAAUUUGAGUAAAUCUGAGUUUGGAGGUUCAGAAUUUGGUGGAUAUCCUUCACUGAUGCAGAGGAAUGAUUCAUAUGAUGUAAGAGAGUCCAUGAGUGUGCACUGCGGAUUUUUCAGGGGAGCCAGGCCAGGGCAUCAGACAGGUUUUGACAUUGAUGAUUCUAACCUUCUUGUGAUGGAAUCUUGUCGAGGUGUUGUUGUGGCAUCAUCAAUAUUUGGUGCUUUUGAUUUGAUUCGGCAACCACAAAAUAUAAGUGAAUAUGCUAAAGGGAAUGUCUGCUUCUACAUGUUUGUGGAUGAAGAAACAGAAAACUUCCUGAGAAAUUCAAGUGAACUGGAUAGUAGCAUGAGAAUUGGUUUAUGGAGAAUCGCUGUUGUUCAUAAUCUGCCUUAUGAUGAUCCACGACGAAAUGGAAAGGUCCCAAAGCUUUUGCUGCACAGGCUUUUCCCGAAUGCCCGUUAUUCUCUAUGGGUUGAUGCAAAACUUGAGCUUGUUGUGGAUCCAUAUCAAAUACUUGAAAGAUUCUUAUGGAGAAAAAAUGCAAGCUUUGCAAUAUCAAGACACUACAGGCGCUUUGAUGUGUUUGUAGAAGCAGAGGCAAAUAAGGCUGCUUCUAAGUUUGACAAUGCUUCCAUCGAUUUCCAGGUUGACUUCUAUAGAAAGGAAGGUCUAACUCCAUAUACCAGAGCUAAACUUCCUAUCUCAAGUGAUGUUCCUGAGGGGUGUGUAAUUAUAAAAGAGCAUAUUCCGAUCUCCAAUCUCUUUACUUGUCUUUGGUUUAAUGAAGUGGACCGCUUUACUCCAAGAGAUCAAAUUAGCUUUGCCAUUGUGAGAGACAAGAUCAGGGAAAAGACAAAUUGGACUUUGAAUAUGUUCUUAGACUGUGAACGGCGAAACUUUGUGAUUCAGGGUUAUCAUAGAGACGUUCUUGAGCGCUGGCCUCCCCCACCUCCACCUGGUGCUAUUGCGGUUGUUCAUCCUCCACCACCUGUAAUUGAUGAAACUAUGCCCAAUGUUUCAGCAUCAAGUUUUGUUACUAGUCCAGUCAAAAAGAUACCCACGAAGCGUGGGAGAGAAAGGAAAUCCAGACGUCAUAGAAAAGUUAUUCCGGGUUAGUUAACUUGUUAUAAUAUUUAUUUAGGCAAAUUCUUAUUCUUUCCUUCCCUGAAGUCAAGGAUAUUGAUUAUGGGGGGGGGGGGGGGGGGGGGGGGUUAGGGAAGGAACUGUGCAAGAUGAGUUUUGUAGCUUUUGUUUACAAGAAAAGACGGUAUUAAAAUUUUCCGUCGAUUCUUUUAGGAGGUGACCAAUUUAUUAUUUUUUGUUGUAUAUAGUUGAGAGUCUAAAAAUGUUAUCAAA